UGCUUAACUCCCACUUCAGAACAAAACUAAAACCCAUUUUAACCAGAAUGACAACAUCUUCUCUUGCCUUGCUACUCUCAUUCUUGUUGUGCUCUUCUCUCCUCUCAUUUGCAUCGUAUAAAGCUGAAGCUAGGAGAUUCAUCUCCGUCUCUUCUCUUAUUAGUAAAGACCUCUUUGAUUCCAUGUUUCUACACAAGGACGACAGCGCUUGCCCUGCCAAGAAUUUUUAUACGUACAAUUCCUUCAUUCACGCAUCGAAGCGUUUCCCUAAAUUUGGCACUACAGGAUGUCUAGCUACAAGAAAACGAGAGAUUGCGGCUUUUCUUGCUCAAAUAUCCCAUGAGACCACAGGUGGGUGGGAGACUGCUCCUGAUGGACCAUAUGCAUGGGGUUUGUGCUUCAAAGAGGAAGUAAGUCCGGCAAGUAAUUACUGCGACUCUAGCAACACUCAAUGGCCUUGUUACCCUGGUAAAUCUUACCAUGGAAGAGGACCCAUUCAACUAUCAUGGAAUUUCAACUACGGUCCAGUAGGCAACGCCUUGAGAUUUGAUGGCUUGAGGAAUCCAGAAAUAGUAUCUAACAACUCCUUAGUUGCAUUCAAAACAGCUCUUUGGUUUUGGAUGACUGAGCAGAAGCCCAAGCCCUCAUGCCACAAUGUCAUGGUAGGAAAAUAUACCCCUACAGAAGCUGACGCCAAAGCCAAUCGGACAGCCGGAUUUGGGUUGGUGACCAACAUUAUCAAUGGUGGUCUUGAGUGUGGAAUUCCUGAUGACAGCCGAGUUCAUGAUCGUAUUGGAUAUUUUCAGAGAUAUGCUAGCUUGUUUAAUGUUAGUACCGGCCCUAACUUAGAUUGCGAAAAUCAGAAACCUUUUAGCUGACAUGUUAGAAACUUUGUCUUUACUUGUACAAUAAUAGUGCAAUUGAAUAUUGCUGUGAUUUGUUUCUUUUGAUUA